UGCGCCCAACCCAACGAAUUUGAAAAGCGAAGAUUUCCCUCUAAUUUUAAUCUUUGCUCGUUCCCAAUCCUAAUCCCACACUGAAAGCGGAGAAAAAAAGAAAAAAACAAUGGGUGUGAUUCUGACACAGACGAAAGGUUCCUCCUCUGCCUACGACCCUCUCUUCCCAUGGCUCCUGUCGAUAAAGAAGGCGUUGGACGAAUGGUACUCAGGGAACCGCACUGGCGUAGAUCUCGACAAACUUUUAUUGGAUUGUAUCUCUGCUUUCAAGCACAGUGCCCAGUACCGAAACGACCUCAGAUUUCUCAAGAUUUGGUUCAUUUAUUGUAGGAGAAUGAGAUAUGUAUUGGACAUUCUCUACUUUAUGAGUGGUGUGCAUAUUUCCUUGAAGCCAAAGGGAAAUGGAAUGGUUUAUCAGAUUGGCAUUUCAAGGAAAGCUGAGCCACUUGAGAAGCUGAAGGGGGCACAAUCCUUAUUUGUUAAAAGAAUGUCUGAAAGGCUUAAUAUUUCCUCAUUUGGGAAGAUUGAUGGAGGUGAACUGGUUGAGUUUGGCAAAAAAUUUAUUAAUCCAUGGUCUGCCUUUACCACAGAAAAGCUUUCCAAGAAGAUUCAUCCUCAAAUUAUAAAAUAUGAUGGAUACCUCCUGAGUAAGAAAGUUUACUCUGGAAAAGUGGCCUUAUGUUCUUUGAAGAAAUCGUCAAGGAAUAAAAUUAUUGAGAUAGGUGGAAAGAAGUAUCAGAUCAAGGGGUGUGCUGGUCAGGGUGGCUUUACUCAAGUAUUUAAAGUAUACAUUGAUAGUAAUCCUGAUGACAUUGUUGCAUUAAGAUACAAAAGCCUGCUUUCCCUUGGGAAUUCUACAUGUAUUGUCAACUUGAUGAACGCAUCUCAGAUGAACAGGCAUCAGAGAUCAAGCUUUGGUUUUGCUCAUAAAAUUCAUAUCUAUUCAGACUGUGGCAUACUCAUAUCUGACUAUCUAUCUCAUGGGACACUGCAGGUAGGUCUAUGACCCUGCUACAGCUCCAUCCAAAUAUAAGUAAAGGGAGAAAAGAGCCUUCUGUCACAUUUGCCAUUGUGUUGU